AUGGGCGAGGCGCGGCCCGCGCGGUCCCACCUUCUUGUCCCGGGCCCGAGCGGCUGGGCUCACGCGUACCUCGAGGCGCGCCGGGCGAGCCGCUCCAUGCUCGUGCUCUUCUCCUCCUCCUCUCAGCAGCCCGUCUGCGUCGGCCCGCCGGAGACGUGGCCUCCCGGCGCGGCAGCCAGGCUGCUGAGCGGCGAAUACUCGCUUCAGACGGACGAGGCGCUGGUGCACGUGACGCCGGCAGCGGACGCAGCCUUUGUCUGCGUCUACGACGGCCACGGCGGCGGCGAGGCGGCGCAGUACUGCCGCGAGGCGCUGCACGUCAACGCUUGUGCGGCGGCGGCGGCGCGACUGUGA